GUUUGUACCGUAGUACCACAAUCUCUGACUUAGUCCCUCACAACGCACUAAUGGUGCUGGGUCUGCUGUCCUCGCUCCUGCGCGUAGCCGUGCUACCCAGUGUGGCCGCUCGUGUCCCGAUCAUACGCCCGCCUGGUUUCUCCCUUCCCAAAAUUUAUCCGAGUCUCUUUCCCGCUUUCCAACAACGGUUUGCGUCGCGGGGGACGGAGUAUCAGCCCUCACAACGGCGUAGGAAGAGAAAACAUGGCUUUCUCGCUCGAAAAAAGACAGCCAAUGGACGCAAGAUUUUACAACGCCGGCUGGCGAAGGGCCGACUGGCUCUCAGUCAUUAGCAUCACUGGGUUGCUCGGAGUAGACACCUUCGCUCACUCUCACUGGUGUAGAAGUCAUCCUACGACAGCAUAUGUCUUAUGCAAGGUUUCGUAGCCCAAGAUAUCCUCUCGAUUAGCGCUAGAUACAGUUUGCUAGGAAGGCAAAUACGAUUCAAUUAUAAUCUAAGA